AUGGCGCGAGUUCAAAAAUUUAAAGUCGCCGACCCAAAAAAUCCGACAUUCAGCGAAAAAACAAGAAUGCUCCAAGGUCAACUUCAGCGAAGUUUAAAAGCACAGGAUUUCAAAUUCACAGCUUUCGUUGCUGCGGCGCGCAGUGAGGAUUACAAUCAUACAAUGAACCCCAUCCCACCAGGAUUUACUAUGCAAGAUGGAGAACUGGAUAUUGAAAAACUAAGAAAUCUUAUAAAUCAGGUUCCAAAAUUAUCACAAUUACACAAAAUAUUGGAAGAGCAACAAUUCAGUCAAAUAAACAGAGACAUUAUUAACCUAGUAUUUUGGGUCAUUCUUUAUGCUCAAAAUAUACACCAAAUAUCAGUAGAAGAGUUUAUGUCAAAGUUGCCACUGACUGAUGAGAACAGAUGUGAUAGAAAACCAGCUCAUGUAUUUAGAGUCGUCGCUAGACGACAACCAUGGUUUAAUGAGAUAGUCGCAACACAUAAUAUUAGAACUUCAACUGGAAUUUACUGCUCAAAAUUUGAGGGAAUUUUCAAGCUCUUAGUCCAUGAGUUUAAAAUAAUGAACUCUGAAUAUUUGUUAUUGAGGACUGAUUUUGAUCCUGCCUUUAGUUUGAGUGAACGAGUAUGGGAAAAUUCAGAAUUCUUUACAGAAUUUCGGUGUGUUGCCGUAUGUUCCAUUUUAGAGCAUAAUGAAAAGGUGGAGAAAUAUAUAUUAAACAACGCAUACUCUUAUCUAAAGAUUUUUGACGAAAAUCUGCUUUUGCUCAAUUAUUUGGUACUUUAUGAAGACGAAACGAAAGCAAUUAAAGGUGAAGAUCCUGAGCAAUCCUGGUGGAAAAGUAAGAGUCAUGCUAUCCUACUUGGUGUUUUAGCUUUACUGGGGGUAUUAGUGGCUGUUAAAGCAACAAGGUCUAUACGUACCGGUGAGCCGAAAUUUAAUUACUGA